CAAAUUCUGUAGUUUGGGUUUUAUGUUCUGUUCCUGGUUUCUGGUAACAUAGCUCAGGAUUAACCUAAAUAAUAUAGGUGGUUCAAUUACGUCAGAGAUUGGAAACAUUGAGUUUCUUGCCGUUCCUAUUCCUGCACUGUUUCCAAUUUGAAGAUUUCGUUUCCAGCUGAAUCUCUCGGACAACACUCUCAUGCCCAUAUCCCUGAGAAACUUUACAAUAUAACGAAUUUCAGUCAUCUGGAUUAAUGGCAGGAUUCCUUCAAAUACUGGCAACUUCAGUAAUAUGAGAUAUCUUGAUUUGUCCAAUAAUAGAUUUACUGGCAUUAUACCUCUUUAUUUGGGCAAUAUUAGGCAGUUAGGUUGUCUUAGGGUUUCAUUUCACAUGCUUGAGAGCGUGUUUCUAUAACAAUUCUGUAAUGGGUAGAUUUGGUAAGGCAUUAGUUGUGGGGAAUGCAGAAUUAUGUGGGCUUCCCUCGGGCAUAAUUUGUGGAGGACCUGUAUCAGUUGCAUCUCUGGCAACAAGUUCUCUUGGGGUUCAAAGAACUAGGGUACUAAGUCAUUCUACAAUAAUUGCCAUUGUAGCAGCUGCGGUUAUAGCUGUAGCUGUAUGCCUCAUUACUUUAAUGAAUAUGAGAGCACGUAGAAGGAAAAACAAAGAAUUGCUUGUUUAUGAGAGCACACAACCUUCUCCAGACUCGAAUCUGAUUACAGGCAAGCUUGUUCUCUUCAGCAAAACCCUGCCAUCGAAGUUUGAAGACUGGGAGGCAGGGUUCAUGGCUUUGCUUGACAAGGAAUGUUUGAUAGGGGGCGGUGCCAUUGGGACUGUACAUAAAGUAUCUUUAAAUGGGGGAUUAGCUAUUGCAGUAAAGAAGCUGGAAAUAUCAAGCAGAGUAAAAAACCUAGAAGAAUUUGAACAAGAGAUUGGCCGUCUUGGCAACUUUAGACAUCCUAAUCUUGUUGCUCUACAAGGAUAUUAUUCCUCAUCAACUAUGCAACUCAUUUUGUCAGAUUUCAUUCCUAAUGAAAAUCUUUACAAUCAUUUGCAUGAAAGGCAUCCCGGGCACUCACCCUUGAGUUGGGGCAAACGUUUUAAGAUUGCCUUGGGAACUGCUAAAGCCCUUGCAUAUCUCCACCAUGACUGUAAGCCUCCCAUAUUGCACUUCAAUGUCAAGUCAACAAAUAUUCUCAUUGAUGAUGAUUUUGAGCCUCACUUAUCAGAUUAUGGACUUACUAAGCUUCUGCCAAUGUUAGACUCGUACAUAUCUCCAAGUAGGACAUUUCAUGCUGCUGUUGGCUAUGUUGCACCAGAACUUGCAUGCCAGAGUUUGAGCUCAAGCUUUUUAACAGAUAAAUGUGAUGUAUACAGUUUUGGGGUGAUUCUGAUGGAGCUCAUAACAGGUCGUAGACCGAUUGAAAGUCCUGAAUCUGAAGUGGUACAUCUGUGUGAGUAUGUGAGAUCCUCUGUUGAACGGGGGGAUGGAGCAGCAUGUAUUGACCCAAAUUUACUGCUACAGCCUGACAACGAGAUAAUGGAGGUACUGAAACUGGGACUUAUUUGCACUGCCCAGAUACCUUCCAAAAGACCAAGCAUGGCAGAGAUCGUUCAGGUUCUUGAGUCAAUCAUACCUAAUUCAGAGUUGCAAUAAACAAGAAAUUUUGCUUCACUUUUUUGGAGACUUCGAUUCAGCUUCCUCUAUAAAAUGCAGGAUAAUUUUUUAUUUUAUGCGCAUUUCCAUAAAGAUUUUAGAUUUUUUGAUUAAUUCUAGUGUAAUGCUGCAUUUGUUCUAAGAUUAUU